UGAUUCUGAUUCUGAAAUGGUCAAUUCAAGAUUCGAUCUCAACGGUUAACAGCUCUCUGAGGAUCAUCAGUAAAUAACGACUUUCAUUUCGGUCUGUUUGUCACAUAAAGCUAUCAUAUGCUUCAUAAAACUUUAAUAUAGCGGGCGAAUCCUAUUCACUUAAUGAUAUUUAUUAUGUUUUUCGUCAUUGUGAAGCGUGACCGCGCCCAGACCUCAUUCACGUCCAUUAGGCCUAUUAAAAACAACCAAAAUAUUCUUCAGAAAUUCCUUGUCUUCCACAGAAGAACGUCAUACGGAUUUCGACAUGAGGGUGAUAACAGAUACGCAUGGGAUUUUAACCACCUGUUGAUCACCAAAGAAAGAAUUUUGCGUUGGCGUUUGCAUUAUAAAGGAGGCUUGGAUCAAAAAACAUGCACACAACACCUCAUACAAGCAAGGACAUUGUUCUUUUGGACAGCCAUGGCAGUCUUUCAUGAUCUUCGGCUGAUGUCUCUGGCCGUGCUGAUGCUGGCGUCUCAGCUGGACUUUGCCAGCGCUGCUGUUCGAGUGUUUGGCUUAAAUGCCAAGGGCCUCGACGGUGAUUUUAUUGGAAGAUCCGAUACAUAUGUCAAGGUCUGGUGUGGCUCUACUUAUGGAGGGGAGACAGAACAACUCAGUAGCACUAAUCCUACAUGGUCUAAAGAGUUCAACUUCCCAAACUGCAGUACGAAUGAUAACCUGAAGCUGGAGGUGUGGGACAAAGACCUAGUUUUUGAUGAUCUUUUGGGCACAUGUGGCAGACCGGUGCAAUAUGGGUCUUCCACAGUUACUUGUUAUCUGAAUGAAGGAACCCUGUUUUACAGUUAUGAAGCAAAUUAAACCUGUUUUAAACCAGCAGAUAGUAAAGAUAGCCUACUUUGAGACAUAAAUCCUGUGCCUGAUAACAAUAAAGAUGAACAGUAUUCACUCGUCA